CCCGGAAGUCAGCGGCUCGUGGGCGCGAGCCUGACGCAAGCCGGGCGCUCUGGCGGGGACGACGAGGCCCCUCUCUAUGGUCGCCGGGACGAUGCUGUGGCGGCUGCUGUGGAGCCUCGGCCGGGGAGUGAGGCUCCCCGGAGGAGGAGGAGGAGGAGGAGGCACCGCCGCCCUCUGCCGCCACCGGCCUGUAGGCCCGGCGAGGCCCUGUGACGGAGACCCCCCGCCGACCGAGGACAGCCGGCAUGGUAGGCACCAUCAGCACAGAAGUUGUGGAUGUGAGAACCUCUUGCAUCACUGCACAUCCUUCACCUUGAGUGCCUUGGCUGUUCUUGCUGUGGAGUUGGUGAAUCAUGUUCGAAGGCUGAGCUCUGUGCAACCAGGUGGAGGAGAUGUUGGGUUUUGCCAAUUGGAGGGUCAUCUUGCUGUUUUGCCCCAAAGUCAACAUUCAGUCCUUCCCACAGCCCCUUCUGCUUGCUCCAGUGGGAAAGAGGAACAACAUUUCUUCUUGGGAGACGACUCCGGCUAUGCACCAAAGAAUCCAUCUAGCAAAACUUCACAGCCAAAACACUAUCAAUAUGUUUCAGAAACAGGGGACAUCCUCUUCCUAUCCAGCACAGGUUCUGAACCAGACUCGUGCCUAUUACGCUUGCAGGGCAAUCUGGAAGAGGAGUCGUCUGUUGGUGAAGCUGCUUCUCAAAUGCAGCAGGUGUUUCAAGCCAGCAUUUCCGUGGCAUCAAACAUCCUUGGGCUUGAGAACAUGCAUGACAAGCAGUGGAAAACGGCCUUUUCCUGCUUCAAGCUGGCUGCAGAUCAGAACCACAGCAAAGCCCAGUUUAAUGUGGGAUUGUGCUACGAACACGGAAGAGGCACCAAGAAGAACGUAGCCAAGGCAGCCUUCUACUAUCAGCGGGCAGCUCGCCAGGGACACCCCAUGGCCCAGCACCGCUACACUCAGUGUCUCCUCCGCCACUGCCCCAGAGCAGACAACAAGGGAAAUGUGCAGGAAGCCGUGAGUUUGUUGGACGAAGGCGCCGUUGGUGGGCUGACAGAGGGCACUGGAGUCUCCCAGAACUCACCGACAGCAAGACAGCAUUACCAGGAAGCAGCAGCUGCCGGCUCCAAGGCUGAGCAGGAGAGAAUCAAAGUAACGGCACAGGAGGAGAUAGCAGCAACGCAGAUCCGGGACCAGUCACCACUGGCAGCAAAAGCCUCUUCAUCCAGCCCUUGUCUUCAGCUCCUGGAUCAGCGGCCGGCUUCUCACUUUGGACAGCCAGCUUUUGGCCUGCUUCACUCCUGGAGCACAGGAAGCCUUAGGGAUGCGGCAAAUAGCUCUGCAAGCUGCAUGCCUACUACAGCUUUCCCAGAUAACCUCAAGCUGCAGUCCUUAGCAUGGUCUUCAGGAGUAGCAGUUGGAUAACAUGGCUAAUGAGAAACUUUCUGCUCUAGAUGGUGGCUGCGUUACUGGCUGGCACAGUGAUCCUUUUAAGAGACAAAUCACAUGGGCAUAGCCGGCACCUGUUUCCAUCUCUUCCUAAACGUAUAGCUUCUUAUUUGACAGUUUCCCCGCAGCAUAAAGAACGAUACAAUGGAAGCUAUCCAUCUAGGUAGCAUCUGAUUGUGAAUGGAAUUAGGAUACGGGGCCCCUGCUGAGUGACACUUGCACCAUGGAAGCAAAUGUUGCAUCCGCAAAAUGAACAUGGGGAGCCUGUAGACUGCAGUUUUGAGGGCCAAGUCUUGAAGCACUUGGUGCUGAAGCUAAGCAGAUGUGGACAUGCACAUCCCAUGUAAAAAGGGGAUACAAUCAUAAAUGGUUUCUGAAAAUCGGGCAGGCAAUUUCACACUGCAGUCAGAAAUUGGGGAAGGAGUCUGCCCUAGUCUUUAACAUGAUUUGAGCUUACUGAAUUUGUUAAUUGCACAAGGAAUUCUGCUGCUUACCCCCCUGUAUUUCAGAAAGGAAAGGAGAUUUUUAGCCGCGUUUCAGAAUCUUAAGGGAGCGAAAGGACCUUCUCUCCAAAUGGAAGGAAAUUUUAAUGCAAUAGAAUAAAAACAGGAAGUGGAGUUUGGGAAGUAGACUGAAUAAUUCAAAGAACAGACUUUGUUUCCUGAGAGUUUUAUAUUUAUUAUAAAUAAAUAACGGACUCAAGCAGCA